CAAUAUCUUUAAUGGAAAAUAAAUUAAAAAAUGAUGUGCAUGUCUUCAUAGGUGAAUAUAUCUGUUUGAACUCUUUUUUUACUUCAAAACUGACUAGUAUCUAUUAUGCAUAACAUCUUCUUGUACCUAUAUACUGAGUUUGAACAUCCAACAUGUUCUGUUGUAUGAUUAAUACUUGUUUGUGGUUCCUUCUGGUUUUCAAAAGAAAACUUACUUCACUGGUGUUCCCAAUAAUUAGAUUAUAAUGUAAGCUGUUAAUCUGUACAUCAAGAAAGCAUGGCCACUUAAUGAUCCUCUUGUUGGGCACGGCUGGAUGUGCAUAAUUCAUGUGUUGUUCUGCAUUUAUACUCGUAUGUGUAAAGUUCUAUCUUUAUGUGCACCGCACACAACUUAGCUUAGGGUAAGCCUUACAGAGUUGACAUUCAUAUGUUGUUAAUUGCAAUUUCUAGUUUACGUGUCUAAUGUUUCAUUUGUUCUGUUUUCAUGCACUUGUAGACUGCUGUUAUUCCGAUUCGUGCAAAAGAGCUAGGUGAAAAAGGGCUGCACCUGGUGGCUAUGGCUUCUAGAAAGAACCCUAUGUCAUGUGCCUGUUUAUGGGGGUUUAUUGUGCAGUCACGGUUGUACGAGUCUUCUGUUAUGAUGCUGAACCUGAGAUGCCUUGGCAUUGUGUUUGAUCUUGAUGAAACACUUACAGUUGCUAAUACCAUGUGGUCAUUCAAGGACCAGGAUCAGUGCUCUUCAAUGAAAAAUAAGUAAUGAAACAGAUCCUCCGCACAUUACCAGCAUGUUAGCAGAGAUUAAACAUUCCCAAGAUGAUAAAUUGAUCAUGAAACAAUAUGCAGACAGUGACCAGGUUGUUGAUAAUGGUAAGGUGUUCAAGGUUCAGUCAGAGGUGGUCCUACCUUUGUCUGAUAGCCAUCAAUUGAUCACACGAUCAGUAAUAAGGUUACAAGCAAAAUACCAUCAUUCUGACAUGUGUAAAUCCAUCGAUGCGAGAUACAAGUGUUCUUGUACGAUUAAGGUUUGCAUGGGAGGACCUAAGGAGCUAUCUAACAGCAAGAGGUUGCAAGAGGUAUAUGUUUGCGCAAUGUCUGAAAGAGAUUAUGCCUUUGAAAUGUGGAGGCUUUUGGAUCUAGAGUCAAGCUUGAUCAACUCGUUGAAACUUCUUGACCGCAUAGUGUGUGUUAAAUCAGGUCACUAUCGAUAAUGCCAAACAAGCAUUUUAACAAAGAAUUUUCAUGGGUACCGAAGAGACUUCCAUGAGGAGGAUACUCCAAAACUGAAACUCCUGUGCCUUGAUGACUACACUAUAAUCUGCCCUCCAUGGUUCUGUUAUGUAUCAGAAGAGCAAGCCAGUUGGAUUCUGGUAGGGAACUAAGAAAGAUUGUUGACUCUUGAUGCUGGAAAGGUUUUCAAAGGAGAAAGAGCUAAAUCUUAUCCAUUUUCGGGCACAACCAGCAAAUUAUCUUCAGUAAAUGAGCAUUUGGUUGUACAUAUGUCAUGGCACCACCUUGUUGCCUAAUGAUUGGGUGAUUCCGUGAAGGAAAUCAGUUACCUUCCCGGUCAAGAAGGUCAUCUCCAAUGCAUUUGCCAUUUGCUAAAAGCUGGUAAGUCGACUCGACUUGUCAUUGCCAAUUCCGUCACAUGGCAGCUUCAGAAAGAAGGUAAUAGCUUGAGUUGGUGCAUGUUCUUGUAGUUCUUUGUGCGGUCAAGGAUUACUCGACGUGAUUGUGCUGUUGAUCUUCACUCGAAGCAGCAUGUUGAUCUUCAAUUGGCAUGAAAUUUUCAGGAUGGAUUGCUUCCUUUUGCUCCAUAAUCACCUUGGCGGACAGAUGAACAUUGUCUUGAUAUCUCGCAGUUGUGCAUGGUUGAAUAUUAGAUUCACUUGAAGCAUCAUGUCCAUUUGCUCCAUGAUCAGUGUUGGGCACAUCACUCUUGACAUAACCUUACUGCUUAUCAUUCACUGCGAGGUAGCAACUCUGCAACCUGAUCAACAAGGACAAAUUGGCUCUGGUGGCUUCCGAGAUGUGUAAUCUGCUAGCCUGUGGCGGCUUUUCACCAUCAGCAAACGAUCAGCCUGUGGAUUAUAGAUUUAAGUGAUUACUUUUGCUGCUAAACUCACGGAGGGUUAGCUUUCUUUCGUCCUGUAUAGAGACCAUGGCAGGGCAAUAGAUGUUUAGCUGCUGGAUAUCUUAUGCUGGAACAAUUUGGUAGAAACAUCAAAAGGUCAAUGCAGCUGCAUCCAAAUCUCCCACCAAGCAUUUAUCACCAGUCAAUCUACUUGUGGUUCACCCAAAGAAGGUCUCUUUUGUCUGUCAACUCAUGGUUUAUCGAUGAGUCCUUCACAGGGACAGAUCGACUGUGGCAGCUGCGGCCAGAGGAAGAAUGAGGUGGUUGGCAAUGCCGGCGAUAUGGCUUGUCCGAUGUGGUGAGGUUUUGGACAACAUGAUCCACUCAG